CACGAAGAGUGAAACUCAGCGACUGUGGAUUAAUCACUUUGUUACUGAAGUUUUAUUUUUUUUAAAUUAGCCAGGCUUUUCUGUUAUUUUGCGCAAAUCUAGCGGUGCAUUCAAACAGAUCAAAAUGAUGGCCAAACCAUUUGGAAAGAGUGGGGAUGUGAAUGAGCUGGUGAGCUCCCUUGGCUGGCUGGAUGAGGAGGACGGCAGCUCUCAGGAUGGAGAGCAAAGCCCAGAGAUGAGGGGGCACCAUGGGCUGACUGGGGGCCGAAUCCGCUCCUUCACAGAACAGGGAAGUGAGGAUAUUGAGGAAGAAGAGGAGGAAGAUGAUGAUGAGGAAGAGAUUGGGCCAAAUGGAGAAAAAGCUCCCAAAAGGAGAGGCCCUAAGAAGAAGAAGAUGACCAAAGCGAGACAGGAGAGGUUUCGUGUCCGGCGAGUCAAGGCCAACGCCAGGGAACGUUCACGUAUGCAUGGGCUGAACGAUGCCCUGGAGAAUCUGCGCAGAGUGAUGCCCUGCUACUCCAAGACACAGAAGCUGUCAAAGAUUGAGACUCUACGGCUGGCCCGCAACUACAUCUGGGCUCUGUCGGAGGUGCUUGAGAGUGGCCAGUCUCCAGAGAGCCAUGGAUUUAUGGAGAUGCUGUGUAAAGGUCUGUCUCAGCCCACCAGUAACCUUGUGGCCGGCUGCUUGCAGCUUGGACCGAGUCCAAUGAUGCUCAACAAGCUGGAGGACAAGUGUGGAGGCCCUGGGAUGGGUAGUAUGGGGGGUCAGGCUGGCCAUUCCCUCAGCUAUCCAUCUCCAGGCCUUCCCAGCCCCCCCUACGGCUCCCUGGAGGCUUCCCACCUCCUCCAUAUGAAGGGAUUUAAGGGGCCUGUUUAUGACAACCCCUCCCCUAAUGAGUGCAGCAGUGGCACGCCACCAUACGAUGGGCCCCUCACUCCCCCCCUGAGCAUCAGUGGCAACUUUGCCCUGAAGCAAGAGCCUUCUCCCCAUGAGUCAGAGAGGAACUACGCACCUCACCCUGGCCACCAUGCCCACUAUCUCUCGUCCCACCACUAUCCCACUUCCACAACUGGUGGCCUACCAGGGGGGCCUCAGGGCCAUCCACUUUUUCAGGCUUCACGCUAUGAGCUGCCCCUGGACGUGGCCUUUGACUCCUUCACUCCCUCUCACCUGAUCACCUCUCAGAUGGGCACCAUCUGAAAUGUGACAAUGCUAUGAAACUGUCUGGGGGAGAAGCCCCGCUCUUAAAUAAACUGCUACAAAAAGGAUGGCUGCGGUACUGACUGUAUAGAGAAAAUGUUUUGCAUUUAUGUUGUCUAGUACUCUGGGAUAGCACUGAAUUCUCAGAGAGAGAGAGAGAGAGAGAGUCAUCACCUCAACUCAAUCUACCUGAUACAAACACGCACCCAUAACUUUUAAUAUUUUAUUUAUUCUUUUUUGUUAUGAUUAUAUGUUAGUAUUUGGAUUCUGAUUGUUUCUGAAGAAGUUAACCCCUCAGUUGUUACAGAGUGAAUAUGAAUGUGAAUAUAGAUUAUUUUACCAAAUCAGAUAUCCAUGCUAAACCAUUACACAGUUGUUUCGGUGCAAAUGCAGGUUUGAACAAAAUCAUGACAACUUUGUCAAAAGAUCUGCAUAGCAAAAGAAACUGAUCAAAAAGUCAUCCACUAAAUUGUGCACUGAGGCCUACAACAAAUGCCCUUUCACCGUAAAAGCAAUGCAUUUAUUUAUGUCUGUAUUUAAUAUUUAUUUUGAUAAUGUCUUUAUAUUUUUCUCAGCACAAUUUCUGUUUCACUGUCUUCUUGGUUUGUUGUCAGUCACUGGCAGCUGUCCUGUAUUUAAAUUAUUUAUUUGAGGUCUUUCAGGUACUUUUUCAUUUGGUGUCACAAUGUUUGCCAUACUGUACUGCUGUAAAUAUUUUGCUGUUUCGCACUUAAUUGAAUAAAUAUUCUUAUAUUAUAUGCUAUUUC